UUAUUUUAAAUCCCCAAAAAAUGAAACAAAAAUUUAAUUCUAGCAUCAACAACUCAAUUAUCUUUGGGAUAAAUUUGGCUUCAAAACUUGAAUUCAUUUUUGAAAAAAAAAAAUCAAAACUUACUAAAAUUUUUAUAACAUAUAAAUAAAUUGCAAAUAAAAAGAUGCAAUUAAUUGCAACACUAGUUGACCCGGAUGUUCUAUUGACUUUGAUUUCCUUUCUUACAUAUGUUAUUCCCAUUCGUUGCAUCUCUACAGAUCUGCCACUUGACUACAGCUUGUUUCCUCCUCUAAUAUUCUCCGCUACUCUGAUUGGCUAAUCGCAGUCUUCAAAGCGACCCUCCACCUUUUCAACGGGAUCAAAUCUUGAGGAAGAAAAACUUUUUCCCAGUUCACUUCAUUCGCAAGAUCAAUUUUAUUGGCCAUUAGCUGUUAGCAAUCGAGCAAAAGUCAUAAAUCUAUUAACUACAAAUACCGGGCAAUCGGGACUUAAAAAUUUUAUUGCAAACUUCAAAAGAGAGCUCGCACCUCUAGUAAAUAAAAUAAUUAAAUUAUUUUGUUUUUAAAGCUUUUCAAAACAAUCAAAAACUAAUAAGAUUGAACAAUUUGAAAAUCGGCAGAAAACGCGGAAAUUUUUACACCAUGGACCUGACUUCUAAAAGAAGUGGAAUUUGGCAGCCUCAUAUCGAUGAAUCUGAAGGCGUGCAAACUAAAUCGGAUCCAGCAGCGCAAGAUAAAGCACACAGCUUGGAAGUUUCGGCGAAAAUGGACACGCUUCGAUUGAUAUCCAAACUCGGCACUGGCACGCUACUCAAAUCCACAGAUGAUUCCACAUUGAUUCCGAAUAAGAACUCAGAUGACUCGGCGAGGAAAGUUAAUUCACAGUUGGAAAGAGGAUCAAUAACAGAUGCAAUGAGAAGUAAUCUGACGGGGGCAAAUCAAUGCAAAAGCAGCUUCAAUAAUUGUCCCCAACUAUUUUCGCCACACAUCAGACAAGAACAAAUGAUUCAGCAGCUUCUAAAAGCAAAUAACGCCCUGGGAACCCUCGGUGGUUUCAACAAACCAUCCCUAGCUCAAUCAGCAUCCCAACAGUCUUUGAAAACUAAGUGUGCAGACAUGCAAAUGAAUAAUCAUCCAUCAAGCAUUACGCAUAACCACAGAAGCCGACAGUCAACAGCAGAAAACAGUAGUCAACUUCGUUUAACCGCUGAACUGUUUAAACUCAACUCCAGUAUAAGCAACAACCAGCUAACGAGCAUUCCUCAAGCACCUCUGAGUUUCCCCCAAAUCAAAUCUUUCAACCACUUGCACCAAUGGCAACAACUUCUUUCAUCCAAUGCCAUCAAACCCUCGAAUCAUAUUCAAAACCAAUUGACACUAACCGAGAUAGCAAACCUCAAUUCGCAGCAGAUGAAUAAUCAGAACAUUCUGGCUCAAAUUCAGAGAAACCAGUUCGUAAAUGCCGAAGUUCAGAGACAAUUAUACGCAUUAAACAAAUCAGUUCUAGAUCGUUCGAAGAUGCAGACAAGGCAGCCAGUACUAGGCAGCCAGUUUUUGCAUCCUGAAAUCGCAUCAUUUCUGAUGCUUCAGAACUUAAGCGCCAACAAUAGAUCAGAUUCAUUGCAACAGUUGGAACAAAACAGUCGGAAACGGAGUUUUGACGACCUGAUUGGUGCUGCAUCAUCAAUGACAUCUGCUUCCCACAAUGAAAUCAGUCCAUCAGGCAGUGAGACUUCCUCAAAGUCCGGGGGAUCCGUGGUGGGAGAGGUAGGGGGUGCGCUGAACCUCGUGAUCGGAGGGGGAGGAGCAGGAGGUGGAAGCGGGGGCUAUGACUGCAAAGAGUGCGGCAAGUGUUUUCGGAGGUCCUCGACCUUGUCCACUCAUAUGAUGAUCCACUCCAACACUAGGCCAUACCCGUGUCCAUACUGUGGGAAAAGAUUCCACCAGAAGUCAGACAUGAAGAAACACACAUACACGCACACAGGCGAGAAGCCUCAUAAAUGCAGUGUGUGUGGGAAAGCAUUCAGUCAGUCCAGCAAUUUGAUCACACAUGCUCGCAAACACACUGGCUACAAACCGUUCCAAUGUUCGUUAUGUCAGCGUGCAUUCCAGCGGAAGGUGGAUUUGAAACGACACGUAGACACCCAACAUAAUGGCAUCAAUGUGAAAUUGGAACUAAAUGCUGCAACCACUAAUUGAGAUAAAAAGGUCAACGGCUGCAGUUUUUCGAAUCAAACUCAAUGUGAACACGAUUCGAUUUCCCCUCAAAUGAUUUAUUAUAGAUGACAUGUAUUUAUUCAAUUCAAAAAAUAUAUUUAUUCAUGAAAGUUUUCACCUAUGCACAAAAAAAAAACAGAAACAUGAAGGUAACGUAUUCUUGUAUGAGUAAACUCUGUUCUGUUGAACACAUAUACUGCAUUUGCAUAAUAGUCGAUAUUGUUUUCUAUUAAGCCCCUGCCCAGCUCCAACCUUUCAACCUUGGACCUUUUAUUCAGUCAGAGCGAGGGAAGUCAUCCAUUUUCCGCAGCCCGUACCACCUUGAGGAGGCGGAUGACACUGGGACCCCUCCAACCAUGAUCGAAGCCUGAUUCAAACCUACGACGUUUGUGUUAAAAGCCGCCCAUCUUAACCACUCGGUCACGGCUGCUCUCAAAUUAUUGUUCUGAACUUACUCAAAAAAUUGAAAGUAAUUAUAUCUUAGGUUGGGUGCUUCCCACUCCAAUUUGACAAUUUGACACAGAAGGGUGAGGCCAGUAUGUCGGAAAAAACCUGCCUGACCAAAAGCCAAAAGCAAUGUCCAUAAAAACUUCUCACGUUUGUCUUAGAUGAUGUGAUGUUCAAUUUUAGCAACACAUUCCGAGAAACACAGUGGACAGCAUUAAAUUACCAUACAGAGAAAAUUAUCAAACGUCACUUAUGACGACAAAACGUGGGUAGACUAUCGUUGAACUCAAGCAGCCGUGGCCGAGUGAGUAUGACGCACGGCCUUUAACACGAAGGUUGCUGGUUCGCAUCAGACUUCGGUCACGGUUGGAGGAGUCGAAGUUUAAUCCGCCUCCUCAAGGUGGGACCGGCUAGGACAAAAUGGCAACAAAUCACUCUCUUCCACAGAAAUAAAGCCCGAAGUAGAAAUAAGAGAAAAUAGAGUAAGAUGAAUCAAGCAAAAAAUUUUGACCUAUGAAGUUCAGCAAGUCCAGAUUUACCACCCUCCGGAAAUUAACAAAAAAAACCAUUUGCCCCUGAAACGAUGCAAUAUAUGGUGACUGUGUCGAUAUCACCUUCGCCCACACCAAUUUAGCUGAAUAACCUUUUAAGCAAAAAAGACGUGAAUAAGCAACAAUAAAAAAGACACGUAUAGAAAAUCAGAAAUGUCAAACUUACAAAUUACAGGAAUGAAUCAAAAGUCUUCCAAUUCUGGCAAAACUUGCUCCAGCCGGAAAAAAAUUAUAAGUUUCGGAAGAAAAGCUGACGAAAAAGCAGACAAACAAGUCCGAUAAUAAAAUUCUCCCAGAAAAAAAAAACAUUUUAAAAGAAAAUCAACUGCUGGCCCGUACGCAACCCACAAAUUUUGUGGUCUCAAGCAUGAACGUAACCUUCAAACUAAACAGGCCAAAUCGGUGCUUUAAAAAACUUUAAAAGCAAAAACAAACUGCAAAAAAAUAGCAGAUUGCGCAACUAAAAACUACAAAAAUUUCUACCAAAGUCGUUAAUUGACCUAAAUUGCCAAAAAUACAUUAAAAAACUGUUUUCCAAGAAUAUUGACAACUUUUUAUGCUUAUUUUCCCCAAAAUAUUCCGGAGGGCUCAAUAAGUUGAUUAAAACUUUUCAAAAAAAAAUCUCGUUAGAGCUCAACCGGUCUCAUAUAAAAGAAUGAAGAUAUUAGGAAAAUAAGCCGACACAAUUCAAGGCGACCGAACUCAGCUCCGAAAAUUUUCGCACAGAUCACAGUUACAUUGUAACCCUAUGUAACAUGCACCCAUGGCAUAUAUGCAGGUAAUACACUAACCAUGCUUGUGAUUCACAGGUAAUGAAAUAUACUGAUUCCCAUUUGAUUCUUUCAGUGAAAAAAAAAUCUUUACGGGCAAAAAGUGUAGUAGCCGGUUGCAACACUUUCAUAUCGCAAGGGUAAAAAGACACAACAGAACCAAGUUCUCUAGCUUAUUAAAAUUUUUCAGUCGCAACUCCAAUUCCUACAAAAAUUCAAAAACCUCGCACCGCGUCGAGAAAAACUGCUCCUCGAAUGAUUUUAAGGUUAUGGUGACAUUAAUCUAUAUUCGGCCAAACUCCAUUUAUGGUAAUUUUCACUCCCUAUGUGGUACGAUUUAUUAUUUAGUGUUUACGAUAUGAAAACAGUGGAAAAAAAUGAAA